AUGGCCGGAGAGUCGGGUCCAAUAUCAGCUCCGCUUCCUAUUAAUAUGACAAUAGCUGGUUUCUUCGGCAUUGCCUGCUACAAUUGCAUCGAGAUCCUGCUUCUUCUGAUUGACCGGUUCAAAAGACACAAUGGUCUAUAUUUCUGGAGCAUGCUGGUCACCACCCUGGGAAUCCUCCUCCACUCCAUCGUCGUACUCCUUCGCUAUUACGACUUGGGAUCAAACUUCGUCCUCGCCGCCCUCACUUGCAUUGGCUGGUACGGUAUGGUCACAGGUUUUUCUGUCGUCCUAUACUCGCGCCUCCACCUGGUCGUGCCGGACGAGUCUCGGACCCGCUGGGUCCUGAUCAUGAUUAUCAUCAGCUUCUGCGUCUUCCACGUUCCCGUCACCAUUCUUUUCCUGGGCACAAACACCCGCCACACUGAGGUAUUCAUCGGGGCAUUUCGUAUAUACGAGCGCGUCCAGCUUGCAGGGUUUUGCGUCCAGGAGUGCAUCAUCUCGGGGUUUUAUAUCCUCGAAACUAUUCGCACACUCAAGCCGAUACUCGCUAUUAAGUUACCCAAGGAGCGGAAGAUGACUAGAUAUCUUAUCAUUGUUAAUACUCUUGUCAUUAUCCUCGACAUCAGCCUGCUAUUCACCCAGUACGCAGGGCAUUUCCAGAUCCAGACGACAUACAAGCCCGUCGUCUAUAGUAUCAAGCUGAAGAUGGAAUUUGUCAUCCUCAAUAGGCUGCUUCGCGUGCUCCAGCUCGGCGGCUACGGCCACUGGCGCUUUCUAGACGCAGGUAUAAUCGAGCCGGGGGGGUCAGGGGCCAACUCCGGGCAAGAUGGCCUGCAGCUGCAAGGAAUUUCUGACCUUAUAGAGCGUCCUUUAGCAGCUGAAGUGCCUAGCCGCACAACUUGA